AUGCGGCCUCAUCGGCGGCGACGCCGGGUUGUGGCUGAGCCGCGCCGCGGUUCCCGGACCACACGGGCCACCGCGCCGCCUGCCGCCUGGCCCAGCUGCCGCCAAGUGGCCGCCGCCGCGGCCUCGCCCUCGCCCACGCCACCAGUAUUUCCCCGCCCCCGCUCGAACGAGCGCGCGAGGGAGACCCGCGCGGUGGCGAUGGCCUGCCUAAGCAUUAGCACUACUCCCGCCGCGCUCUCCACGCGCCUACUACCCUGCGGCGGCCGAGCGGCCCCGACGUGCUGCUCGCUGCCCGCGUCCUCCGCGGCGGGUGGUCGCUGCAGCUGGCGGCUCGCGGCGGUGGCGGAGGAGCCGCAGGCCGUGCAGCAGCGGCGGACGGUGGGGUCGGGCGAGGCCGGCGCGGAGGGGGCGGCCGACGCCUCGUCCAAGCUGGUUCUCGUCGUCGGCGGGACCGGCGGCGUAGGGCAGUUGGUGGUGGCAUCUUUGCUGAGCAGGAACAUUAAGACAAGGUUGUUGCUAAGAGAUCCUGCAAAGGCAGCGACCCUAUUCGGCGAGCAAGAUGAGAGUGUAUUUCAGACUUACAAGGCAGACACACGAGAUGCUGCGGAUUUGGAUCCAGAAAUAUUUGAGGGAGUUACGCAUGUUAUCUGCACUACUGGAACUACAGCAUUCCCUUCAAAGCGCUGGGAUGGAGAUAACACUCCUGAACGUGUAGAUUGGGAUGGCAUCAGAAAUCUAGUGAGCGCCAUGCCACGGACAGUCAAGAGACUGGUUUUGGUGUCAUCCAUCGGUGUUACUAAAUACAACGAACUACCAUGGAGUAUCAUGAAUCUCUUUGGUGUGCUUAAGUACAAGAAGAUGGCAGAGGACUUUGUCCAAAAUUCAGGCAUACCUUUCACCAUAAUAAGACCUGGACGAUUGACUGAUGGACCCUACACUUCUUAUGACCUUAACACACUUCUUAAAGCUACCGCUGGAGAAAGACGGGCAGUUGUCAUGGGCCAAGGCGACAAGCUUGUGGGAGAAGCAAGCAGACUGGUUGUGGCAGAAGCUUGUGUCCAAGCUUUGGACAUUGAUUUUACAGAAGGACAAAUAUAUGAGAUAAACUCAGUGAAGGGCGAAGGACCUGGGAGCGACCCAGAGAAAUGGAAGGAACAGUUCAGAGCUGUUCAAUCAAAUUAGUAGCACUGUGUAUACAUUGUAAUAAUUGUAUAGGCAAUAAUAGCUCACACUCACGCACGCUGCUGCAUUGUAUUAUUUGCAUAGUAUUGUACUUUAGUGAAAUUUCAUAGAGGCAGCAUAGGCUGAUUGUAGUUCUUUUUUAAAAUAAAUAAAUAAAGAAACGCAUAAUUAGCAUUGUUCAAGUAAUGAGAUUUAGCAAUUUUUAGCCUCAUGACCACGUUGAUUGUAGUUGGCAUGAGUCAAGCAGAAUCAGCAGAUAUGUGAUUGUGUUCUCGGAGUUGUUUGUUUGGGGAUGAU